GUUCUACAAGUCAAGAGCCAGACAAUGAAGGAUGGAUCCUAGUUACUCAUCGGAGAAGAAGAAAGAAAAGUCCUCCAAAGGACAGCAAGCACCAAAAAGAUCCAAAAUGGUGAAACAACCAUCUAGGAAGAUGAUGCCAAAGAAAACAUCGAGAAAAAUAAGUAUGGGCAAGUGUGAAAAUUCGAUGGUGCAAAGGCUUAGACGACCAAUCACCUUGAAUGAUUUCAUGCCAAUACAAUUCAAAAAUCAAAAGCCAAUUACCACAUCAUGUUUCCAAAUUGAUGAAGAUGUUAGGGAUGAAGAAAUUACAUUUUCUGAUGAAGACUUGUUGUUAGGGUCUACCCCUCAUAAUCGGCCUCUUUUUGUUCAGGGAUAUAGUCGUGAACAGAAAAUCAAUCGGAUCCAAAUAGAUGAUGGAUCUGCUGUCAACUUACUCCCACUAAAAACAAUGAAAGAGAUCGGAAUGCCUCCCAACGAAUUAUCAAAGAGUCACUUAAUGAUCCAAGGUUUCAAUCUUGAAGGGCAAAGAGCUAUAGGAAAAGUUAGACUUCAACUUUUCAUUGAUGAUAUGGAAUCCAAUCCAUUGUUUCAUGUGAUUGAUGCUAACACAACAUACAACAUGUUGUUGGGGCGACCUUGGAUACAUCAAAAUGGUGUAGUAUCGUCGACACUUCAUUAAUGUUUCAAGUAUUGUAGAA